AGUUUGACUUUGACAGUUGGUGUUAAUACGGUUCGUUUGCUUUGGGCCCGGCCGAGUUGAGCUGCUUGCAAAGUAGGCGCUAUUUAUUAAACUUUAGUAUCUGAAUACAGAUUUCUCAAAUAAAGAAUAAUUAGUGAAAAUGGCAUCUGACAUGAGGAUAGACAUCACCAAGCCACUCUGGGACCAGAGCACCUUCGUGGGCAGAUUCAAGCAUUUUGCUUUCAUCUCCAACCCCCUACUGUCUUUGGUGCCGGAGUCAGAGCUUCAUGAAGCCAAGGAAUUGUAUUUUAAGUACAAAGAAGGCAAAGAGCCCGCCAACACUCCUAUGGAUAAAGUAGUCCGGGCCAAGCAACUGUACGAAUCAGCGUUCCACCCGGACAGCGGAGAGCUGCAGAAUGUGUUUGGCCGCAUGUCCUUCCAGAUGCCGGGGGGAUGUCUCGUCACUGGGGCUAUGUUGCAGUGGUACAGAACCGGCACAGCAAUAGUAUUCUGGCAGUGGGUGAACCAGUCAUUCAACGCGCUGGUCAACUACACCAAUCGCAACGCCAACUCCCCUCUAACGACGACGCAAAUGGGCGUCGCCUACGUUUCUGCCACAUCGGCUGCCAUGGCAACCGCGCUGACGUUCAAAUUUGUGGUGCAGAAGCGCGCUAAGAACCCUAUCUUAGCGAGAUUCGUGCCUUUUGUAGCAGUGGCUGCCGCCAACUGGGUGAACAUUCCUUUGAUGCGACAGAACGAAAUUCUAAAAGGUCUGGAAGUAUCGGAUGAGAAUGGCAAGAUAAUCGGCAAGUCACAGCUGGCCCCGGCCAAGGGCAUCUCACAAGUGGUUACGUCUAGGAUCGUAAUGUGUGCGCCAGGCAUGUUGCUCCUCCCAGUGAUCAUGGAGAGAAUCGAACACAAACCGUGGAUGCAACGCAUUCGCUGGGCGCAUGUCGGCAUACAAACCGCUAUUGUGGGCAUGUUUCUAACCUUCAUGGUACCGACUGCCUGUGCUCUCUUCCCGCAAAGAUGUAAAAUCUCAACGGACACCAUCAAACGCUUCGAGCCAGAAAACUACGAAGAAAUCAUGAAAAAUACCGACGGAAAACCUCCGCAAUACGUAUACUUCAACAAGGGUUUGUAAGGUAGCUGUAAGUAGUUGUUAUUAUGUGAAAGUGGUAUCUUGUCUAUGGACACUUUAAUAUAUGAGAGCUUGUACCUCUACCCUCCAUGCUUGAGAGGUGACAAAAAUAUCUCACAUACAAGUUGACAUAAAUCUCACAUGAUAUCUGGAUCUUGGAAGUUAACAUACAUUUUGAAGCAUUCUAUGAAAACGUCUACCAAUGUUCCGUUAGUUCCGUACCAGUGUCCCGCGAAUAUUCUCCAAAUUGGCUGUGGUAAAAGGGUCUUUUUCUGAGGUAAUGUGCAGAGUUAUGCACAGAAAAUUGAUUGCAUGAUUUAAAUGUCGAAAAAAAAAACGCAACACACGAAACAUAAUGCGUUUGCAAGGGACAGCCCUGAGGCCUAGAAGAAUGCUCCAAAUGGAUUUCAUAAAAUGUAUGGUUCACAAAUUAUUUGGGAAAAAGCUAAAAUCCGCAAAGACUAGAUAAUUAAGAGUCGAAAAAUAUAAACAAAGAUUUUUUUUACAGAGAGAUUUUGUUCUAACUAGUCCAAUCAAGGCUCUGAAUUUCUGACAAACUACUACAUCCAGAGUAGGAAUGAGUUUUUAAAACUAUAAAUGUGUCCAUAGACAACCUUGACAAAAUAUGUAUCAGUGAUUGUUAUAGGUGACCAGUGUUGCCAUAUCAAAUGGUCUUAAAUACUAGACGAUGAGUAAGCCGAAAUGUAGAUUUAAGAUAAUGUUUAGCGUACUUUACUGGCGUUUAUUUUUAAUUGCUGAUUUUUUUAAACUUUUUUUUAUCGAAUCGAAUAUUUUUGAAAUCAAAGUGCAACAUUUCUUUUUUUUAAGUAUAUAUAAGUAUUUAAGUUUAUAUUCGAUUACGAAAGUUGCUUACGUUAAUUUGUUAAAAAGGAUAUCAUAUUUUAAGGCUGUACUUACUUCGUUUCUCAGAAAUAUUAGCAAUUAAGCGUUAUUGUAUACCAGUAUUGUUUUUUAUAUUAAAAGGUAUUUAUUAUUUACCUUUUAAAAUCAUGUCUUCAUUUUAUUAAUUUUUAUUUUCUUUUUAAGAUUGUUUUAAAAAUUCUUUUUAGGAAUGUUUAUUUUUGGCUUUAUUUUUUUUCUCUAUAUUAAAAACAAUACAUUCCGAUUGGUAUUACUAAAUGAAAUAUGUAUAGUCUGUGCUUUUACAUGCAUUUGCUGUUAUUGUUUAAUCGCACUAAGGAAUUAAGAGUGUUACUAAAUCUAAUAAUGCUAAUUUAGGUAUGUAAUAUACUAUUUCAAACUUGCAGUGAGUAGGGCAGUACCUUUGGUGUGAAUAUCACUCGAAAACGCUAAUGCUACGUAGCAUUUAUUGGCUCAACUUGAAGUCGCUUUGCGUGCGCUACCACAGAUUAGGUAAUUGCGUGAUUUUUGAUAACCCUGAAUGGUCGUAAGGGAUAAAAAAGAAAAAAAAAUUAAAAAGCCAUCCUGGAGAGGAACAACACGAUUCGAUCCUGCAUUGACACUUAUGUUUUGUAGGAAAGGUCCUUUUUGUACGUAUAAGUAGUGUAUUUACUAUUAUUUAUUCUGUGGUAUACGAUCUUGAACAACGCACCAAGCGGGACAUUUUGGAGGUACAGCUUAACAAAUCUAAACAAAUGAAUUUGAAAACGAAACUUAACGAUUUCGAAUGAUGUUUACAUUAGGGGCUUUUAAUGUAUACUUAAUUAGUCAAUUACUGUCGAAUUUAUAGUUCCGCUAAUGAAUCCAAAUAAAAUAAUCAGAAUUGUGAUUUAUUAUAACGCUCUUUUUAAAUAUUCUAGUCUUCUUUUGUGCUCAAAAGCAAUAGUAAUUUCCUAAAAUUGUGCCAUUAAUUGUACAGUUUAUUUUUGAAACAGACUUCACGGAUGUUUUCGAUUGACAGCUUUUUGCUUGUUUUGUUAGAACGGCAAACAUAAGGCUAAGACAAUAAAAUACCUAUAGAGAAUAA